CUGCCACACAAUCGGCACGCUUUGUUUGAUCUUCAAGCCGAUGGAGAUAAUAACCCGUCUAUUGUUUCUGCUGCUUUUUGUUCAAGGUACCGAAGUCAUAGCAAACAGAACAGUGUACGUGUCACGUGCACACGGCCAUGACACUGACAGCUGCGGCGAUAAUCCCAGCAUGCCUUGCAAGAGUCUUACCCGAGGCUUCCGUCGCCUCCCCCCUGGGGGAACACUUGCUUUGGAUGGUACCGAUACAGAGAAGGAUCCUUAUGACUGCGGGUCCAAGAAAAGUCUGUAUAUCAACAUUGGGUUUACGAUGGUGAGUUCUAAGAGCAAGGCUUGUAUCUCGUGCACUGGCGAUGGGAUACACGUGAACUUAACGAUGUCCCAGAACCACAGCCAAGUCGCUAUGAGUCAACUUGUAUUCAAGAAAACACAGCUCGUAUUUCUUAACCCGAAUAUUCUUAUACAGGAAUGCACGCUCAUAGAUGCGGCGAUCCACGUGUGGCUUGCGCCGAGUCUGACCCGAAGUAUCACUCUCUCAGGAGUUGUCUUUGCCGAUAACUCAGAAUGUCUUAAGGUGGAGGUUGUCGGAAUUCCUAGAGUUUUAUCCAAUCUUAUGCUGCAAUUGAAAAAUGUAUUAUUUCAAAGAAAUCUGAAGAACAAGUCCACGCCUGCCCUUGUUGAGAUAACUGGGAGAACUUUUUUAACAUCCGUUUGGUCGAACGUCUCAGUUAUGGGAAAUGCGCUCCCCCUUUUUAGUUGUGACGUUCAUGUGAUUCAUCAGAUUUGCAAAGCUAUAAACAUCAAUGGCAACAUCAUUCGCGGGUUCCAAGAAAAAAGUAUUUUCCACGUCAAUGCUUCUACAGCCAAUGUUACCUUCAGUAACAUCUUUUCAAAUGGUAACGAUGGCUUUGGCUUUCUUACAGUUGCAUCAGAUAACGUCAUGGUUGAAAUCAGUGACUCAAAUUUUACAGGACACCAUAGUAGGACAGCAAGCGGUAUUGUAAACAUCCCAACAGGACGAAACAUUGAGGUAAGACUUCUAAGCUCAAACUUUACAAAAAGUAAUGGGACCGUUGGAGGUGUUCUGAGCAUAAGUGACGGCAAGAACAAAAAUGUUAAACUGCGCAUGAGAAAUAUCAGCAUAUUCAAGUGUAGCGGCGGUGGAUUGGGUGGUUCCGUUGUUAUAGGAAGAAAGGCAAGGACAAGUAAGACGAAUUAUAUAUUCUUUGGAGUAACAAAUCUCGACAUAGAUGCCAUGGAUGUACUAGCAAGUAAAAACCAUGGACUACCAGAUGAUCAACAGAACUGUGUUUUCUGUCUCUUUGGUAACAGAAACCUCAAAGUGAACUUAAAGGGCGUCAGAUUUGUGUGCAACAAAGGAAAGAUCGGGCCCCUCUCUAUCCGUCAUCUUGGUGGUCGCCAAGGCGAUGUAGAGGUGAAUAUGACAAAAACUUUGUUUAUUGAUAAUCGUGCAAGUAAAGGGAUGGCUUUCAUUAAAGCAACGGAUUCAAGUAAAAUAAACAAAUUCGUUGUGAGAAUAGAGCAUUCUGAGUCUAUUGGAAACAAAAAGAGUCCAAUCCAAACAGACGCCUUCGAGGUAUAUAUUAACCACUUCACUUGUACUGACACACCCCUCUGUUUUAUCCUAAAACAGAACUUAAAGGGAGCACGAACCAUUUGGCACAUUAAGAAUUCCUAUUUUGGCAGGAACAAAAUAUGCAUUUCAACGUUUCUCGGAAAGCAACCUCGAUAUAUCGACAUAUUAUUAAAAAACAUCACAGUUUACAAUAAUACAAUUUCGAGUGGAUCACCUGGAUUAAGCAUUAACUUGGGGAGAGCUUCAAAUGCUCAACUUUUUACAAGGGCUAAUGUCUCCUUGCAGAACGUCCGGUUUAUUGACAACCAAGUUCACUCGGGAAAUAGUUUUCUGUUUGGUAUCACAGUGCCUGCACGGAACGGAACAGUGAAUAUUACAAUAAGAAACACGCUUUUUGAGAAGAACUAUUACUUAAAAAGUAGAAUGAAAAGUGAAGUAUCCAGCUUGCUUCUUUUCCAUAUGCCUGAUGACCCUAUCUCAAUGUUCGACCAUAAACUGACGAAGGGUCCUUGUCCAAGAAAACGUUUUGUUUACAAAAACGUUCUUAAUUUCGAAAAAGUAAUAUUUAGACGUAAUACCGCCUACAAUUCAAUUAUCUUUCUUAAAAACGGCUUCUCUUCAUUUAAUGGCUGCUUUUUCAAGGACAACAACGUACAGAACCCCGAAGGAGGGUCGCAGAUCUACCAGGAAGAAGGAACUGCUGGUCUUCAAAUUGCAAAUUCUGAAUUUCUAAGAACCAUGAAGCCACCUUUUCCGCCAAGGAUUAAAAACGAAAACGAAGCUGUCCCAUCGACGCCUUUCCUUCGUGUUCAAGGAAAUGGCCCGUUUGAAGUGUUUAAUUCAAGCUUUAGGUCAACUUUCCUAGAAACGUUGAGCACAGGAACUUUUAUCUCAAAGACUGGCUUUGUUCAUAUUGAUAAUGACACCAUGUUUUCAUGCCCUGUAGGCAGCUAUGCAAAACUCACUGACACAUCCCACACCAUUUUCUCAGAUUCUGGAAAAUGCAGCAUUAAUAUCACUAAAUUGAUCUACGAAUGUAAAUCCUGCCCAAAAGCACAUUACAGCCUUCAGAGUGGACUUUACUUUGGAACCCAGAAGAAAAAGUUCAUUCCAUGUCUGCCUUGUCCGUUCGGAGCGAGCUGUAGUUACAACAUCAAAAGUGAGCAUGAUUUCUGGGGUUAUGUGGUGUGUAACAAAACCGAUGGACUCAACUUUACCAAUUGCCCUGAAAAAUACUGCACGGUUCCGCGCACUGUUAGUAACGCAUCAGUGUAUAACAGCUGCUAUGGCAACCGAACUGGUUUGCUGUGUGGAGCAUGCGCGGAAGGGUUCACGGAGAGCCUGUUUUGUACGCAUUGUCGUCGACGGGAGAGCUGUAAUGAUGCCUGGUUCUGGGUGGUUGCCGUUUUUUACUCGGCUCUGCUGGCUGCUUAUAUCCUAUACAAGCCUCAAUUUGUCUCUUACAUGAUACAUAAAUCCUUUUGGUUCAAAGGGGAAGUACCCAAUUCCAGGGUAUCCCAAAUGCACGAGCAUGGGUAUACCAAGAUUGUGUUCUACUUCUACCAAGUGGCAGAUGUCAUCAUGCUGCAGCCGUACGCAGAAAUCCUUGCUCGUACCAAACUUGUAAUCCUCAUCGUAUCCCUCUUCAACUUUAAAGUCAAAGUAGUUGAUGUUAACUUUGGUUGCCCUUUCCCGGGUCUGACUGCAGUAACCAAAGAACUAUUUUGGUCGCUCAGUGUCUUCUUGACAAUGUCCUUUCUGCCGAUGCUAUACGGAGUAGAGUGCUUGUACUGCAGGAUCAAGAAGCGACCGAAGCCAUUCUUGGCGGCGUAUCUGGCUGCUGUAGUAGAGAUCCUCUUGCUUGGUUACGAGCGGCUCGGUGAGACGUCCUUGAAGCUUCUGAGCUGCGUCCCACUCGUUGUCCACGGGGAGAAGCAGCUGAGACUGUUCCAUGACGCUCAUAUCAGGUGCUGGAACUGGUGGCAGUAUCUUCUAAUGGCGUACAACCUGACCUUCAUGAUCCCUUUCAUCUUUGUCUUAUUCUUCGGCUCGGUGAAGCUCCAUCGUAGGCAAAUUUCCCCAAAUUGGUUCAUCGCUGCCUGCUGCUUCCCCUUACCUGUGAUUGUAGUCUGGCUCAUCUUGUAUCUUAGAAGAAAACAGAGGAGUACUAGCGAGUACAACGAGAGCUUCCGAGGCCGUGAGACUAGGUCCGCCUUGAUGGAGGUCCUUGGCGAAGCGUUCCGUGAGCCUGCAGGACCCAAUAAAGGAGCCAUUUACUGGGAGAGCGUCCUCACAGCUCGGCGCUUCGUGUUCCUGUGCCUUGCUGCGUUCAUCACCUCACCUGCCCACCGUCUGCUUAUCAUCACCAUCAUCUGUGUCAUCAACUUGGUGCAUACUUUGAUAGUGACGCCGUAUAAGAAGCGCGGAGCUAACUACCUGGCGGUGGCAUUACUGUUUGUGCAUGUCGUGCUGGCGGUGGCUAACCUCGGUAGGGCGGUGCUGAUAUCUGCGGGUGCACGUGCACGCGGCCCUAUCAAGGACCUUAUGGAGUAUUUAGAGGUUUUGCAAGUCUUCUUGCUAAGCGUGCUCCCGGCGCUCCUACUUCUUCUGGCCGUACUCAUGGUCCUUUCUCAGAUAAUGAGGCUCAUGCUGAUAGUCCUGAAAAUUGGCAUCAACACAUGGAAAGCGCGGAAGUGUACUUGCAGGAACCCGGAACAAGAGGAAUCCAACUACGAAUCACUGAUUUAUCCCUUUGAGCGUAGCCAUUUGAAUUGAGACAAAUAAUCACAAUUUAAGGAAUGUCCACUCAUUUGUUAUUGUUUAUAACUGAAAAUACAACGGUUCAUUCACAAGAAAAUUUCAAGGGUAAUAGAUUACGAAUGAAGACUGUACCUUAUUGACGAUAUUUGGUUGAAAAUAUCUUUGUAACUAGCUUGAAUAAGCCGAUGGAAAUGGAUUCUUUGAAUGACUCGGCGUUGUGCUGGAGCAUAAAAUGGCGGCGUGAUUGGCCUUCCUUAAAGUGCAAGUCAAAAAUUAUGUGUAUAGUUCUACAAACAGUGUCGGUUAUCGCUUUAGGUGAUGAUUGGUCGCGUUUUUGACUUUGAAUACUGUAGUCUUGAUGUCUUGAAUAUCUUUAUGUCAACAAUUAAAAAGAGUCGGAUAGAAAUUGGCCUCCCUAGUUUAUAAUGUAAGUAAAUUUGCUAUAUUUAAAUGGCCUAGUUGUAAAUCGCAGCUUAAUAGUAAGAGUAAAUGAAAUAAUAUUUUAAAAAAUCUAUUGCGUGAGAGUAAUGUCAUCUGCAUGAAAAGGGGCGGGGUGGAAGGCCACCGGAAUUGAAAUGUUUAACGCAUAAUGGCAUGAGCACGUUACGUCAUAAAUACUAAUGACGUCAUAAUACUGAUAGAAAAUACUCGGCGUAGUUACAUUGGAAUUCAUCAAUCACUCACCAAGACGAUUUAUGAUAUCCUUCCUUUUUAAUUCUGCGUCAGUUGUUUCUAU